UCAGAUCGCCAGCGCUAUAGCGACCAUGGCCAUGGCGCCGCUGGACCUUUGGAAUGAGUGGGCGACCCAGAUCCUAGUACUGCUCAGUCUCUCGCUGCAGGUUGUCCUCCUGCUCCUCGCCGGGAUUCGACGCCGUGAAGCCUCCCCUAUGCCCAAGUUCAUCCUGUGGCUGGCAUACCAGCUGGCUGAUUCUACGGCCAUAUACGCGGUCGGACACCUAUCCCUGUGCGGUGUGCCGGUCAAGCACCAGCUGGUGGUGGCGUUCUGGGCGCCAUUCCUCCUGCUCCACCUCGGUGGCCCAGACAACAUCACCGCCUACGCACUCGAGGACAGCAAGCUGUGGCUGCGCCAUCUGCAGAACCUCGUCGUGCAGGUCCUAGGGGCAGCGUAUGUCCUCUACAAAUAUGUCCCCAGAAGCGACUCUUUCAUCUUCCUGGCCGCCAUCCUAAUGUUCGCUGUUGGGGUUGUCAAGUACGCGGAGAGGACUUGGGCGCUCAAGCACAGCAACAUGGGCAGCAUCCGGAGCUCUCUACACAAGGAACGCGUCGGAAUUUACCAUCAUCUCCACCCUCGGGAUUAUGGAUCGAUGGUGGACGACAAUGAAGGGGAUGAAUUUUCUGUCCGGCGUGCGCACUCCAUGUUCCAUCUAUGCAAGCGUGCGAUUGUGGACUUUUGGGAGGUCAGCGUGGAGAAGGAUCCAGCAGAGAACCAGAGCUCUUGGGAGGAGAACCAUAACUUGGUGGUGAAUUUGGAUAUUAAGAAAGAAAAGCUCAACUACAAGAGCAUGUGGGUAUUGAUGGAGAUGGAGCUCUCUCUCAUGUACGACCUCCAAUACACCAAGGCAGGUGUGAUCCACACUUGGUCCGGCUACGGCAUCCGUGUCGCCUCCUCCCUCACCGCCGCGGCCUCAAUCCUACUUUUCUCGUUUAGUAGCAAAGAUGGUCAGAGCCGGGUCGAUGUUGCCGUUUCGUAUACCUUACUGGCCGGGGCCUUACUCUUGGAGAUGAUGUCACUAUUGAGAGCGCUAGGAUCAAGCUGGACAUAUGCCUUCUUGUGCAAAACACAAUGGACAUGGCUCCGGGACGCAGCUCUCUGCAGUGGCAGGUGGGAUCGACUUCGUUGGCAUCUCAAGGCGAUCACAGGAAGAGGCAGGAACAGCAGAUCGGCACGAAGGUGGUCCGGCAAGAUUGGGCAAUACGAUCUGCUGAAUGUUUGUAGACCCCACAACAGAGCCUACCAACCACUGCUGGGCAGAAUUGCCAGGAUGCUAGGGUACCAUGACUUGUGGAUCAGGUACUAUGGUUCAGGGAGCGUCGAAUUUUCGGAAUACCUGAAGCACCAGCUGUUCGAGUAUAUUAAGCACCUAACUACAAGGGGGGGAUUGAACAUGCAGGGGGUGAUAAGAAAGAAUUGGGGUCAAGAGGCGUUUGAGAGACAGAAGCAGGACGAUAUUGUAUCGCUGUACAAAUCUCUCAAAGAACGAGGCAACAAUUACCUUGGAGCUGAGUUCCAAGAGGGCAUCAUCAUUUGGCACAUUGCUACAGAUGUUUUCAUCGCCAAGAGCAGAGGAGACGAUGCCGAUGGUGCAGCAGACAUGGUGAAGGCUAUUAGGACGCUGUCCAACUACAUGAUUUUCCUCCUGGUUGACCGCCCCUACAUGCUACCUGGCCUUGCUCAGAGCAUGUUGUACCAGAAAACCUGUGAGAAUCUGGUCAACAUACGAGAGAGCAGUCCUGACCGUGAAAAAAGGGGUACAUGCAUGAAACUUAAGGAAUUCUUCAGCCUGCGUGAUGACCCCGAUCGAUUGAUGCAUGUAGACGAGCUUGCCAACAUCCUGUCUGAGAAGGAGCCACCACUCAACCUUGAUAUGCCUCGCCUCUAUUUUUCCUAUAGGGUUGCAGAAAAACUACAUGAUAAGAUGAAGGAGAAAGGAAGGGCGUUCAUGUUGCAACUUCUCCUUGAUGUAUGGAUGGACUUUCUUGUGUAUGCGGCCAAUAGAUGCAGCAGGGAGUCUCAUGCCAAGAAGCUCAGCAAUGGUGGUGAGUUGACUACUAUCUUGUGGCUUAUGACAUACUACCUUCACCUGGAUGCUAAUAAUGCUUCCACUACUAGAAGAACCACCCUGUAGAUACGCUGCAGUAGUAACACCACUUUAAA